AUGAAAGAUGAGAAACACAGGGUCUACAAGUCUAUCGACUUUUCCCAUCACCUCUCUGACCUUGCGAAGCGGCGCGUCGCAUCACCGAUUAAAUCUUUACAGAAAUACUCCAAGCCAGGAAACAUCGAAUUUGGUGGAGACGCCUUUCCUAUUGAGAUUGACUCCUCAUCUACUCCACCCUCCCCCCUUGGAUGGCUCUGGCGCCUCUUCGGAUCCUCGCAACAGAAUACCACCAAACUUACCGUCGCGAAGACACCUGCACCUACUGACCUUGGUCUCAAUCUUGCAGUUGCCCUCCAAUACGGACCCGCGACCGGCUUGAAGCCUCUCCAGGACUUUUUGCAGGAAUUCUCGGCUCGCGUUUAUAACCCCGCCUUCAGUGACUUCACCACUCUAGCUCAUACAGGAAAUACCGACGGCUGGGGCAGAGUAUUGAGCACGUUGAUGAAUGUUGGGGACAAUCUAUUGACAGAUGAGUGGGCUUACCCGACUGCAUUAGUUGCGGCGAGGCCUUUUGGACUCGGAGUCGUUCCUGUGGGGAUGGAUGCGGAGGGCAUGAGGCCGGACAAGUUGAGGCUAACAUUGGAUAGGUGGGAUGAAAAGAAGGAUGGAAAGAAGCCGAGGUUGCUAUAUACAGUUCCUGUGGGACAGAAUCCGAGUGGUUCGACCGCAGGACUACAGAGGAAAAGCGACAUCUACGAUAUUUGUGUAGAACAUGACAUUAUCAUUUGUGAAGACGAUCCGUACUACUUCCUGCAGAUCGGCCAAUACGUUCCCAAGUCAUCCCGUGAUGUCUUUGCUCUAGACGCAGAGGAUAACGCUCAGUAUCUCGCCAAUCUUUCCCCGAGUUACCUCAGCAUUGACAUCCAAGGCCGCGUAAUUCGCAUGGACACCUUCUCCAAGACCGUUGCCCCCGGCGUUCGUCUCGGCUGGUUCACCUGCAAUCCGAUGUUUGCUGAGAGGUUUGAGAGAAUUGGCGAGGUUUCGAGUCAGUCGCCAUGCGGUGUUGGUCAGGCCAUGGUAACGAAGCUCCUGUUAACAUGGAAAUUCGACGGCUACGUCCGCUGGCUACGAGGCAUCCGUUUCCAAUACAAGCUUCGCCGUGAUCUUUUCCUCGACAUUAUCAGCGAAGAAUUUGACCUCAGUACCUCGACCGGAUCCUCGUCUAUGGGCGCCUGGGCUGGUUGUACCGUCUAUACCGCCUACACCAAAUCGAAAGCCAUCACCUGCAGGUCAUCGUUGACUGGCAAUGACGAGAAAACCCCCGAGCGAAAGCGUAUGCUGAGUUUCGUGGCGCCCUCGAGCGGCAUGUUCCUUUGGCUCAAGCUACAUUUUGAAAGCAUCCCUAAGCCCUCCCCUGACGAUCCUGAGACCACCGAAACAAAGUUAUGGUCCAAACUUGCAGAGGCGGGCGUCAUCACUGCGCCUAGUUGGUUCUUCGCCACAGAUCUUGUGGAGCCGCCGGCGGAUCCGAAUGUAGAGGGACAUUUCAGGAUGAGCUUCUCCAACGCUAAUGAGGAGUCUAUGAGGAGAGGAGUGAGAAUUAUGGCGAAGACGAUGCGUGAUUUUUGGAAUUAA